AUGACAAAGCCCCUGAAUGCAGCUCUAAUGGGUUCGCCGGUGGUUGAACAAAUCGCAAGGAAGGGAGAUCUAAUCUCCGACAGGCUUCCCUUGGUUCACUAUCUUCGUCUCUGUCAUCCACUAAUCGUGGAAAGGAAAGGAACAGAGGUAGCAGUGUUGUCAUCAAGUGGCAGCGAAGGCUGCUCCUUCUGCUAUCCGACAACAAUCACGCGGGGAGGGAAAGUCUUCGAUCCUCUAUUGAUUGGAGAAGAAAGAAAGACAAAAACAGUCAGAAAAUGGCCGGUGACUCUUAAUCGAUUGCAAGGAAGGGUUGCAAUCGGCGGUGGGAAGUCGCUGAUUUUCUUCUCUUUAGUGGGGAUGCAGGCAAAUCAGGAGCAAUCCCUAGGGGGGUGUCUCUUGGCAUCUUAA